UCCAGCCGGAGGGGCGGAGCGACCUUCCCGGGCGGGCCUCACCCGCUCCGCCCCGGCUCCCCGCCUACGCGAGCGCCGCGGCUUCCCGGGCCGCCUUAGGCCUUGCGCUGCCUUCUCCGCCUUUCCCCGCCGCCAUGGGCCCGGAGGCCGGGGCGGGCCUCGCCGUUUCGGCGCCGCGGUUGUUGGUGGCGGCGGCUCGGGAGGAGCUGGGGGGCGGUCGGCGAUGGCGGCUGCCGGCGGCCCGUGCCUUGCAGUUGGCCGGGGAGGUGCUGGCGGUCGCGGCGGGGCUGAAGCCGGCGCUGCUCUACGACUGUGGUGCCGCGGGCCCAGCCGAGCUGCGGCGGUACCUGAGCCGCUUAAGGGAAGCCGGGCUGGUCCCGCACCGCCUGCACUUGCUUCGGGUGGAAGGUUCGGCCGUGCUGCUGCUUCACCCCGCGGUGGCCCGCAGGAGGGUGGCGGCCGUGCUGGGUGCCCACCCCGCACCCUUCAUGGAUGUCUCGGCGGGGAGGCAGCGCCCGGCGCUCUGCGGGCCAGAGGAAGCCGAGGCCAUCAGGGGACACCUCGCUGCCCUCCUGGCCCAUCUCGGGACUGCGGAGGCUGCCGGCCCGGUGUCCUGCAGCGAGGUGGUGCCGGCGGGCUGGAACCUCUGCACCGUGGCUGGGGUGCUGCUGGGUUACCCCGCGGCAUACACCUUCUCCUUGGAGCAGGGCACCGAGAACUGCCUGGCGCUGACACCGCUCAGGGUGUUCACGGCCCAAGCCCUCUGCCCCAGGAUUAAAGAGGGGCUCAGGGUCCGGAUCUCCUCCUUCAGCAUCCCGGAGAGUCUCUGUGCAGAGCUGGCGGAGGUGCUGGAUGCCUGGUGUGAGGAGCUGAGGAAGGCGUUCAACACACAGAGUGACUUCGUGGAUCUCCAGAUAUCCAGCGAGGUGGUGACUCUGCCAGCGGUUGCUUUGUAAAACACAAACUUCUGGCCUCUGCCUCCCUCACAGCAGGGACCAAGGAGAAGGGGCUGGUUCCCUCUGUGCACCAAAGGCUGAGUUGUGACAAUCCGGAGCCCGUGUAGGGCACCUGCAAAUUAAAUCCAUGUAUGGCCCAGAAGAGCCAUGGAGGGAUGGAUGGGCGUACUCAGAGCUGCUCAGCUGCCUCCAUCCAGACUGCUCAGUCUGCCCUGUAAAGCCAGGGUGUAUUUAUUUGCUGUAAACAGCUGAAGAUUCAUUAAAAAAUCCAAAUUCAAAUUUGUGAACUUUA